AUGGCACUCAAAAUGAGCUUCCUUCAUCACAACAAGAUCCCACCUUUUCCUGCCUCCGACCUCAGAUCUCACAGAGUUUCAAUGGCUUCAACUCUUCACUCUCUUCCCUCAGUAGAUGUUGGUAAAGCCAAAAAGCCGUUCACUCCUCCUCGUGAGGUCCACGAACAAGUAACCCACUCAAUGCCUCCCGAAAAACGCGAGAUCUUUGACUCCCUCCAAAACUGGGCCGAAAAUAACAUCCUUAUCCACCUCAAGCCCGUCGAGAAAUGCUGGCAGCCCACAGACUUUCUCCCGGAUUCUUCAUCUGACGGGUUUUACGAUCAGGUCAAAGAACUGAGGGAGAGGUCAAAGGAAAUCCCGGAUGAUUAUUUUGUGGUAUUGGUUGGGGACAUGAUUACUGAGGAGGCCCUCCCUACAUAUCAGACAAUGAUAAACACUUUGGAUAGUGUUCGAGACGAGACGGGGGCCAGCUCAACCCCAUGGGCUAUUUGGACGAGGGCGUGGACUGCCGAGGAGAAUAGGCACGGUGAUCUUCUCAAUAAGUAUCUUUAUCUUUCGGGACGUGUUGAUAUGAAGCAAAUCGAGAAGACAAUUCAAUAUUUGAUCGGUUCGGGGAUGGAUCCUCGGACAGAGAACAACCCGUACCUUGGAUUCAUCUACACUUCAUUUCAGGAAAGGGCAACUUUCAUUUCUCAUGGAAACACAGCCCGCCUGGCUAAAGAACUCGGGGACCUCAAACUGGCACAGAUAUGUGGGACCAUAGCCUCGGAUGAGAAACGACAUGAAACGGCCUACACCAAGAUAAUCGAGAAACUCUUUGAAAUCGACCCUGAUGGCACGGUUUUGUGCCUCGAGGAUAUGAUGAGGAAGAAAAUCACAAUGCCAGCUCACCUGAUGUACGAUGGCAAGGAUGAUAACUUGUUCGAGCAUUUUUCGGCUGUGGCCCAGCGGCUUGGAGUCUACACGGCCAAGGACUAUGCCGAUAUCUUGGAAUUCCUGGUGGCCAGAUGGGAGGUUGACAAGUUGAUGGGUCUUUCAGCUGAGGGGCGUAAAGCGCAAGACUAUGUGUGUAACUUGCCGGCUAGAAUCAGAAAGUUGGAGGAGAGAGCUCAUGCGAGGGCAAAGCAAGUACCACCUGUGCCUGUAAGCUGGGUGUUCGGUAGAGAAAUCAAGCUUUGA